AUGAGACAGGAGGCGGCAACCAGCAAAGUGGUGACCCAGGAGGACGCCCUGCACCACCGCAAGGAGCCGCCCCCCUGCCGCCAGGACGAUCCGCCAGCACUGGCUUCGUCGCUGUCAUCGCCGUCGUCACUGUCAGAGGACGAUGGCGACGCCAUGCCGCAGCCAUCUUCUUUAUACGCGGUCUUGCUGCGCCGGGAGGGCGAGCCGGCGUCCGCGGCAGCGGGGGAGGAGCUGCUGCUGGUACCACCGCUCAACUUCGCCAUGGUGGACCACGGCGUGUACCGCUCCGGAUUCCCGGACGUCUCCAACCUUCCGUUCCUUGAGACCCUCCGACUCCGCUCCGUCCUGUGUCUGUGCCCUGAGCCGUAUCGGGAGGCUAACCUGGAGUUCCUCCGUGCCCACGGGAUCAAGCUCUUCCAGUUCGGAAUCGACGGCUCCAAGGAGCCGUUUGUGAACAUACCAGAAGAUAGAAUCCGUGAAGCUCUAAAAGUUAUUCUAGAUGCAAGGAACCAUCCGGUUCUUAUUCACUGCAAGCGAGGAAAGCGUUUUGCUGCUGCCAAAACAAGAGUUUCUGAUCUUCGAUUCAUGGAGCUAUUUGAUGUAUCUAGCAUAAAGCAUUUGCCAGCAUCGUUCCCAUGCUAA